CGUACACGAGCAACCUGUUCCCUCGAAUGCCAUCUCGAACUGUAGUUCGUUCGAGAUGAGUGGUUUUCGCGUGCUGCCAUUUUGCGAUCAGUAAACAUCUACUCGGCGUAUCGUGUUGAUAAUUUUAGAUGAAUGUUAUUAUAACUAGCAGCACUCGUGACCUUCGCGCUUCUUGACGCUCUUUGCCGAGUUAAUCUUGCCACGAAGAAAUUGAUGACAUAUUCUGAAGAGCAAGCGAUUAAUUAUACGUACACGUUUGGUUAUAAUAGAAUUACUUCGUUGCCAAAUGUCAAACGUAUUGCGAUAUUCGAGAAUGAGCCUUUCUGUGUAAUAUUGGCUCCUGUCUAUUUUACGCACAACAACAAACGGCUGAUAACGGAUCUGUGUGAAACCAAUUAAAGAUUCAAUAUUUGGAUACAAGAAAGAUCGUAAACUGGCAGAAUGAUGGAGAUCGAUCUGCCUCAUUUUUCUAAUAAGGAUGAAGAAAUUCAAUAUUGGAUGGAGUUGGCGCAUCAGCUACAUCAACGGAAAGAGGACACAGAACAUGAGUUGGAAGAAUUCCAAGAAAAUUCCCAAAUGUUAGAAAAAGAACUAGAAACUUCACUUGAACAGUCUGAAAAGGCAAAUAGAGAACUGCGACAGAGAAAUACACGGCUUGCUACGGAAGUCGAACAACUCAGAGCUCGGUUAGAUCAGCAAUCAAUUGAUUGUGCUGCAUUUCAGGCAAAGGCCCACGAUCUUCAAUCUAGACAAGAUCAAUUGGUGAAAUAUAUACGAGAACUAGAACAGAAGAAUGAUGAUUUGGAAAGGGCGCAAAGAGUUAAUAUGGUGACGGAAGAGGAAAUGGAGGCAAAGUGUAAUUUGGCCAUUGAACGAAAUGCAUUACUUGAAUCUGAGUUGGAUGAGAAGGAAGGCUUGAAGGUAAUGGUACAGCGGCUUAUGGAUGAAAUCAGAGACUUGAAGCAGGAAAUACAAGUACAAGAACGUCAUCAACCGGAUAAUGAUAAAUCUGUGGACAGAGUACGGAGUAUUGUGGAUAGUAAUAAGCUUCAGGUGGAACUGGAGACACUCACACCAUCCAGCAGUCCUUCUACACCCCAAACGAUACCUCCGACAACACAUACAACAGCUCCUCCAUUAAAGAUUGGAAAUGGAGUAAUUGGAGGUAUGAUUGGUAACAACAAUAAUAACAUGAAUCCACCACUGGCACCCUGUACAAGGAUACUCGCAAUGAACAUGAUUGGGGACCUGAUGCGAAAAGUUGGGCUUGACAGGUGGGUCUGCAUGGACUGUAGAAGGAUAAAGUGCUCAUGCCCUGGUGGAAAAAAGACCAAUUCUACUCCACCCGCUGGUAAACCAUCAAUUCAAGUUCAGACACCUACUCAAUGUAUCCAGCAGCAGCCCAGGCCCGCCAAAUGCUGAUGUCUGAUACUCCCCACUUUACUACCACAUACUUCCAUAUGCUGCAGGCCCUGGAGAGUAAGCUAAAUACAUGCCGCAAUUCAACUCGAGAGGAUCAGGCAGUGCGAGAUCACUACAGGUAAUGCUAACUAAUCCAAUCCAUAGGAUUAUGUUGUUCCUUUUUGAAAUGUAGGAUAUUUGUACUUGCGGGAGAGCACCACGUACUCCAUUCGCAUUCCGAUUGCUUAAAGAUAAUUCAAAUUAAAUUAAUCUGUAAAUAUUCGUAUUUAUCUGCAAAGUGUUCAAUCCCAAUGAAAAUAUGAGUUUAAAACUAGACAACAAUUGUUGGAAUCUGAUGGAGUAUACGAUACCAACUGUAAUUUGUACUUACUCGAGACACGCUGGUUGUGCUUUUUUAAUUUAACGAUUUUAUUUUAAUCUUCAAUUCUUCCAUCUGCAUAAACAUUGUCACAUCUCUCAUAUCGCGUUUAAUAUUUGGUUUAUCAUCAUACCACUGUAGCCGUAUGAUCAAUUUAAACUUACGAUGAUAAUGUUGGACAGAAUCUAUCAUAGUACAAACCUGAUUCUAGAAUUUAAACUGCAUAAUAUAUGUAUAGGUUACUGCUGAAAUUUAUUAUUUGUUGGAUUAUUAUUACCUUGCUACUAAAAAUUAGUUGAAAUUAUUCACAUAAAUAUAAGUCACACAUGUGGGUUAUAUGAAAUUUGAAAUAUUUUUAAACAAUCGAAACAAAUUCGUAUUAUAUGAUGUCCGUUUCCAUGUCAAUUGAUUUACUUCUCAAUUAACUUCAUAAUAACAACAUCACCAAAUGCAACGAUAACAUGCAGGUAUAAAAAGUUUUCUGCUUUGAUUAUUUAAAAGUCACUUUAUGCAUUGAUACUCUUCGUUAUGUCGGUUUCUUUAAUACGUAGUUAAUUAUGUAUUGAAACUAAUACUCAGUGAUUACCUUGAAUACAAUAGCAUUCGUUAUUGUUAUUAUCAUUAUUAUUAUUAUUAUUAAUUUUAAUUUUACUCUUAUUACUGUUAUUGUUAUCAUUAAUGUCGGCAAUUAAGAAAAUCUAUUUAUGUUCAAACUAAAAUCAAUGUUUAGUGUAGAUACAUAAAAUUCAUAGGAUAUAUUAUUUUAUGGUGAAUUGAAACAUCCGUCCUUUAAAUCAUUUUUAUGAAUAUUUCAUGUACGUUGUAUGUUCUUCAUUAUUUUGACCAAUUUGUUUAUUUGUGUGACAAUUUCAUACUUUUUGGCCAGUGAACAUGGUAAGCUACUAACAAUGUACCAAGGAAUAUUUGAAUCAAAGUGCAUAUAAAAUCAAAAUUCGUCUAUGAUUCUGAUUAUCUUUUAUGGAAAGGUGAACCAUGAAUACAAAUAUAGUUAGACUUAAUUGUAAUACAAAUGUUUUCAAUAGAGUUUUAAUCUUUCAUGUUUGUAUUUACCUGUGAUGUAUAUAACUGUAAUUGAUUGGUUACACAGUUUCCUCAGUUUUUUGACAUCCCAAAUUUUCGUGCAUCUCUCAGUGCAUGCGCAUUGAAUUAUAAAAUACUCUGCUAGAUUUGUUCAGCCAAAUCGAUAUCCAAGCCAGAGUUUAAGUUAACUAUUUUUUUCUCUAAUUCUAACCGUCGUCUAAUGUGAAAAUUGGCUGCGCGGUAAAUGUUUAGAAGAGUUCAAUAUUAUGUUUGGAUACUUUUGUUGAAAAUAGUGCACACAAAUUUGAAGUGCAAACUCUCAUACCUUUUAAGUACUACAUACUGCAGUGAUUGUCGUGUUUAAGCUAUCCGUUAAUCAUGGAUAGUAACGAAUAGUUCUUGCAUAUGUUUACCCAGGACUAGACGGCAGGUGCGAGGCCCGGCCUCUGGAAACAACAACCACAUUCGCUUAUAAUCACUCGAUAGAGUUUACAUCUGUACUACUAACGACAUCACCAUGCUUCUUUCCAAUGGCUUAUAUUAAAUUUUUUUCACAAUUAAAAUUCUUGUUAUGUUGUGAUGAAAAUUGUCCAAUGCAGCUAUUGAUAUUAGAUCACGAAUUAUCAUACGGCACUGGCAGCACAACAUUGUAUUAGACAAUGUAUACGUGUAUGCAACUUCUUUAUAUUUAAUAUCAAGCGAUAAAGAAAGCGAUACUGAUCACGUGCACAGCUAUUUAAAAUCGUAAGGAUAUCUGAAUAAUUCUCAUGGUCUAAAUAAAGUUAACCCAUGAUAAUGUCGAUAUUUAUUUUCUAAUUUAUGAUUUAGUGACAUUCAUUUAAAUAUUCACAGCAAAUUAAUGGUCUAUCAUUAUAUUUGACGAGAAGCAUUGGAAUGAACGCAUGAUGUGGAACUUAUGGUUGAAUUUUUAACUUCAUCAGGAGGGAAGGACCGUUACCCGUUUGUAAAUACCAUUUAUUUAUAGAUAUGUUGCGAUUUGUAAUAUACAUUGUCUUAGUCUCUCAAUUAUAGCAAGAAUGUAGAUAUUUAUCAAAGAAAAAGUUUAAUAAACAAUUUAUUAUCAUUAUCUGACAGUUUACAUAAUCUUUCAAUGAAUAAAUCAUAUAUUGUAUGCGGUAGACCGAUAUGAUAUGAUGAUUGGUUUAUUAUUUCUUACUAACAUCAAAAUGUAAUGCUCAUUUAAAGAAAGACAUUAUUUGUUAUACUCCUUGUUAGAAUUUAUCAUAUUGUUCCGAAUACAAGUCUACUUCCGAUUUGAAGACUUCAUUUCAGAAAAUGUUUGUUUACGAAUAUACCUGCAAGAGCAGCCCUACGUGUAAGUCAGAGCGAAUAUUUCGCGUCACAUCCAGCUUAUAAAACCUUGACCUUAUGUCAGGAGCAGUAUUGGUACUUGUACAAGUAACCUGACAGUAUUUAAUAUCUACAGUGGUUGAUGAAAUAUCUACUCAAUGCUGUUAUGUUUGUAUGUAAAGAGACACUUGUGAUUUUUUGUUUAUAAAUCUUCAUUAGUUUUUCAUUUGAACCACCAAAUUGUACAAUAUAUGUGUGUCAGGUGCCUUUUUAUUAAAUGAUCAUUAUAAUUAUAUUUCUCAGUGUCGUGUAAAAAAAAUGAACACAUUUACCAAUAGUUGACUACAAUAAAUAGCAUAGUAAUGUUACUAACAAUAAACGAUAUAGAAAUUACGUGACAAUUCGUGAAAAUUCGAAUCGGACCCUUGAGUUUAUUUUUGAAGAUCUCUGACUUAAGUCUCCCCUAACAUAUUUAUUAAUAUGCAUCAAUAUUGGAGGCUUGAUUGUUCGGUAGCAUGAUUAAAUUAUAUAUUUAAUGAUUCAUUGAGAAACUGUAUAUAUAAUUGUGUUAUUCGAUUAUGAACGGGACAGUUCCAUUAAUAUAUAUUUACUUCGGUUGACAUUAAAAACAUGCACUGUUUGAAAAGGUCUAACUUAUUAUACAUAUAUUCUUUUAUUGAACAUCGACCGUUCAUACGCGCUCUCACCAAAUUUUACAAGAAGUAACAGUUAUUACUAUGUAAUAGUUGUAAGAUUAUGUGCAAUGAUUUGAUUCUUAUCUGAAAUAAUUUGUUGCUAAUGUAUCAAUUCGUCUGGCUUCAGUAUCUCCAAGUAAACAAGUUUUAAUAAAGAUAACUAGAAUAAUGUAAUGCCUUUUCAAACAUCAUUGUAUAAAUGUAUUGGCAACUUAAUAAUUCCGCAUUAUAUGGAUAGAAUUCUCUUGAUUGUUAAAUAAAAUUAUAGAAUAGUGUACAUUGUAUGCUCUGUUCAAGAUACUGUCACUAGAACAUCAAGUAUUAAUUACUUCGUUACAACUGACGCAUCAUAGAAUCAAAACGUUUCACUGGUGAAACAAAUUACGUUAGUUUCAUUCUUUAUAAUCUAAAUAAAGUUCUGUUAUUGAGUAGUUAUUAUAAAAUCCACAAAAUUAAUGCAAUACAUAGCCAGAAUAUGUGUGAAUAUCUUGAACAGAGUCGCAAACCAAAUUUUAAUGAUAUUAUUCUGUGAAAUAAAAGUGGUGAUUGACAACUAAAACAGUUUAUUAUAUAGUUACCAUUAAAUUACACUGCUAAUAUUGAAUAAAAUAUGGGGGGUAUGAUGUAUAUAAUACAAUAGCUGAAUUUAGAGAAUUUAUUUACGAAAUAUGUAUUCUGCACAGAAAAUUGAACACACGAGUAAAUUAAAAUCAAUUACGUAACUUAUUCGUAAACAUAACCAAAUCUGAGACCAUUAUAAUUGAUCUAGUACUAAACAAACAGACACUUAAAUUCUAAAGUACACUUAUACUCUUGUUGGAUAAUGUUGUGUAAUGACGAUAGGGUUUAAUGACACUGCCCAACCACUUCAAUUACUUCCCUUUUGGUUGAGAAUAUAUUGGAUUUAGUG